CGGCGCGGGCACGGCGGCGGGGAGGCGCGGCCGCCAUCUUGUGCGCCGGCGGAGCCCUGCGAGCCGCCCCAGCGCGGCCGCCCGACCCGCGCCGCUCCCGCCGCAGCCAGGGCCGCCGGCUCCGCUCGGGGCGGCGGCGAACGGCGGAGGGAGGGCAGGGGAAAAGCUCGGUGCGGACCGGGACCCCCCGCUGGCCCGGCGGCGGCCCCUCCUCCCGCCGCUCCGCGCGUCCCUCCCCGCGGGUUUGUGGCGCUGUGCCGGGGGAGGAUGAACGGAGGAUAAAUGGUGCCCAAGGCGGACAGCGGCACCUUCCUCCUCCUCUUCCUCCUGGUGCUGAGCAUCACCGAGCCGCUGCGGCCAGAGCUCCGCUGCACCCCAGGGCAGUUUGCGUGUCGGAGUGGGACCAUUCAGUGCAUCCCUUCAAGUUGGCAGUGUGAUGGAUGGCCCACCUGUGAGGAUGAGAGCGAUGAAGUUGACUGUCCAGGCUUGACAGGGGACCAGCGAACUUACCAUGGGAAGGAGAAUGUGGACUCGAGGCACAGUCGGGGGAGAGGAGGGGAGACCACCCGCUUCCACACCGUCAACGUGGCGCAGCCCGUCCGCUUCAGCAGAAAGUGCCCAACAGGAUGGCACCACUAUGAGGGCACAGCCAGCUGUUACAGGGUGUAUUUAAAUGGGGAGAACUACUGGGACGCUGUGCAGACAUGUCAGCGGGUGAACGGAUCCCUCGCCACCUUCACUGCAGACCAGGAGCUGAGGUUCAUCCUGGCACAGGAGUGGGACUUGGAAGAAAAAGCAUUUGUAAGGAAGGACCAGCGUAGGUUCUGGGUGGGGUAUCAGUAUGUGAUCACCAACCGAAAUGACUCUCUGGAAGGUCACUGGGAAGUCGCUUACAGAGGCUCUUCAGAGGUGUUUUUACCCCCUGACCCUAUCUUUGGGACGGCUAUGUCUGAAAAGGAAAACGUUUUUUGUGCCCAGCUCCAGUAUUUCUAUUUUCCAACCCUCCGGCACCACGGUUUACACAGCUGGUUUGCUGAAAACUGCUAUGAGAAAUCUUCAUUCCUCUGCAAAAGGAGCCAGACCUGUGUUGAUAUCAAAGACAACAUUGUGGAUGAAGGCUACUACUUCACUCCCAAGGGGAAUGAUCCCUGUUUGAGCUGCACGUGUCACAACGGUGAGCCCGAGAUGUGCGUGGCUGCCCUGUGCGAGCGGCCCCAGGGCUGUCAGCAGUAUCGCAAGGACCCCAAGGAGUGCUGCAAAUUUACCUGCUUAGACCCAGAUGGCAACAGCCUGUUUGACUCAAUGGCCAGUGGAAUGCGCCUGAUCGUGAGCUGCAUCUCCUCCUUCCUCAUCCUCUCUCUGCUGCUCUUCAUGGUGCACCGGCUGCGCCAGAGGCGGAGAGAGCGCAUCGAGUCUUUGAUUGGAGCUAAUUUGCACCAUUUCAACUUGGGCCGCAGGAUGCCUGGUUUUGAUUAUGGUCCCGAUGGUUUUGGAACUGGCCUUACUCCACUGCAUCUUUCAGACGAUGGGGAAGGUGGAGCAUUUCAUUUUCAUGAUCCCCCUCCACCCUAUACUGCUUACAAAUACCCAGAUAUUCAACAUCCUGAUGACCCACCUCCUCCUUAUGAGGCUUCUGUCGAUCCAGACAGCAUCCUUUGUUCCACUCCAGAUGGAGUUCUUUCUCAGGCUGUGCAAAGCAGUCCUCCAUCACUAGGAAACUGUGAUGUAUCCCCACAGCUGACAGAGGGAUCACUUCCUCCCUCAGUUGGUCCUUCUCCAGUGGAACUGGAAGACUCUGCUGACAGCAGCACCUUUCUUGUCCCUCCUGACACACCCAUAAAUGAAAACACCCCAGCAGAAACUUUGACAGGCAGCCGCCACAGCCACUGUUCCCUCAACACCAUUGUAUAAAGGAGUGAAACGCCCAGCACCGCUCAGAGUUUUAGCAACUGUUUGCACAGACAAACACUAAUCCGAGGCUUGAACUCCAGAAGGAAUCUCCACGUUGUUUUUCAAACACUGCUUUUAUGUUCUAGAUUAGGAUCAUGCCUCUCGUUUUUUGGCUGUCGUUAUUCAUUCACUAAUCAAUUUGUCCUGUAAAUAUGGAUUGCACAACUGCUCUUUUUUUCCACGGGCUGUGGAAAGGAGAGCAGAGAAUUCCUUUGACUUCUGAGGAGGUGAGAAGUAUGGGUAGUCUGGGUUGGUUUUUUUUCUUUUCCUUAACCUGAGAGGAAUCAAAAUCUACAUCAGAAAAAAAACCUGCUUGGAUUUGGCUGGAUGUCACUGGACCCAGGAAACAGACAAUGGGAAAGAAGGGUGGGAGCAAUCACUGUUCAAGCAGAGGAGAUGGAGCUGCAAGGGAAGGGGCUGGGGGCCUAUUGUAUGGAGUGGGACACAUGCCAUCAAGAGUUACACUGUGUAAAACACAGUGCCUUGAUCAGAACACCAGAGGAGCUGGAGCAGGAAUGGUCUACGCAAUAUGUGACAAAUGGGUACUGAGAAAACUGGGAUUUGCAGUUACAGUUAUUUGUUGUGGGUAGCUGCAGAUCCUCAUAUUGUUGGAUAAACUUCUGACCCAUGAAGAAAACUGGGUCUGUGUGAUGUCCCUUUAGUAGAACCCUCACGUGUGUUAGGAAGUAUUUUAGGGAAGAGAUGGGGAGCAAUUAACUUUGAUGUAGCCUGAGUUCACUGUGUGAAGCCCCUGUUUGUUCUAAUCCCAUAAGUAAGAUUGGAGUAUUUUCUUUCUGGUUUAACUUCUUUACAGUGAACAGUUACACAAAACUGGCCUGGACACAAGACCACUGUUCUUGCUUUUCUUAUUGCAUGCUAUAUUUAGCAUGUGUGUUCCCUCCCCUUCAUUUCACUUCUUUACAGUUCUCCAAAUACCACUUAAAAAUGGUGAUCAACAUGUACUAUAGGUGAUGUUUAAUUCUAAUUGGACACCUGUUCCUUAUCUCAGUCCCAUAAAUAGCCAACCCUGUUCUAGAGAUUUCCCCUGUGCCCCUCCAGGUACCACAAGGGGUUAUAAUGAGGUUAGUGUACUUAAAUCAAUAAAGCAGUUUGCUUCAGUCUGAUAUGUCAACUUAAAUUUCCCCCUUGUAUUGAACUCUUUAAGCUAAGUUAAUUUACAGAUGGCAAAGAUUCAUUCAAUCCCUCACGAUACCCAAAGUCAAGCACUGUUGGUUUUGAUAAUGAGUAUAAAAUAAUCUUUACAGGCAAUUUUAAAUUUAAGUUUGGAUUUCAGUGUACAAAUAGUUUACCCUUUUCUCCCAUACUCCCAUUGCCUCUGCUUCUCCUUGACUUACUGUAACAGUCAGCAGAUGAGAUGAAUUUUAAGGAAUUUGUAAAGAAUGCCUCUUGUGAAUGGUCUCCUGUUACCUUAUGAAGGGUACAAGCCUAGAGGGACAGGAAGAAAGCACUGCAUGGGGGUGUGUAUGUUAUCUAUUUUUCUAGUAAUGAUGAGAAAUCAAACUUGUAUGACAAAUCCUAACCCAAUGUUGUGGUUUCCCAGUGCAGCUGACUCUUUCCCCAUGGAAUAUGCUGCUACUUUCUAUUCCCUGUCUUGCCCAUAGGCUUAUACUGUACUUGGGGAUUGGUCUUGACAGUUCAACUCGUUUUGCACAGAAAACUGUGAGUUUGGUUACCGAGGUCGUAUCUGGUGUCUCGACAUGCAGACACUGCAAACAGCCCUGACUCCACCGGAGAGCGUGAAUCACAGUUCUGGGAGCGCUGCUGGCACACGAGUGGGAGGAAGCCUCUCUGCCUGGAGCUGUUCCACCACCCCAUCCUGCUCUCUGCUGUGCCUGGCUCCAGCAGCAGUGGUAUGAAACGAGAGGAGCAGUUCUCCACCCUGUGGGAAUCUCUGACCCGAGUCCUCCUCCGAGUUCCAAGUCCUGGUCUAAUGAAGUGGAUGGAUAGCAGUAGUCAGAACCAUGCAUACAAAUUAUUAAGCAUUUCUGAAGUAUGAAAAUAAAGCGGGUUUUGUGCAUUUUUGAGCACAUUCAUACGUUUUAUACAUUGUAUGUACUGAUUUUUCUUUAGUUUUAUAGGUACGAAUGCGUGUGUGCGUGUGCGUGUUUCUGGGUGGUGAUAUAUAUAUAUACACACAUAUAUAUAUAUAUCUCUAUACAUACUGUAGACAGUAACCUUUGUGCUGCCUCCAGCUAGGUGAAGCUGAGAUAGAAAUUAGGCUCUAGGGUUAAUACUUCUCUUGAGCUGGCUAUACUCUCUUGUAGGACAGGCUGUGAUAGUGUACACUUAUGUAGGAUGCAAAGUCUAUGCUACUACAAUCUGUUCCUGAAAAAUACUUUGUUAGCAGUGCAAAGUAGAAAAUUUCCAAUUUCUUUUGAAGCCAGAUGGAAUAUUUGUUCUUUGUAGUAUCCUAGCGCAAUAACAAAAAGCCUUUUGGCUUGGUUCAGUCUCUGAGGCUGUAUUUUGUGGCUGAGGUGAACAGAUACCUUACCUCACACUUCUGCUAACACUGCGGGAAUCUGUUCGAUAUUUUUGUAUUUUACUUUUGGUUCUGUGGUGAAUUUUAUUUGCAAAUAAGCUCUGUUACAACUGGCAACUUCAUUGUGGCUCCUGGUUGUAGCUAUUCCAAAUGGAGGCUUCUUUGUAGAAGCCUCAAUGUGAUAUUUUCCCCAUUGCUUCUAAGCCUUUUUCACUUGUAUAUUGGCAGGAGGCUGCUAUUUUCUCUGUUUUCCCCUAUCCUUCUUCAUCUUAAAUGUAAACAAGGCAAAUUUUGCCUUGAAUGGAGCAGCCCACUAAGUACAGCUCAUUUACCUCUCGGUGAGCUUCUAAUUUGGCAAUAAAAUUGUCAUUCCCCCCCUCUUUUACUGUAGCUUUUUCACAUUGAGUACUUUCUAUUGGAGUAACAGCCUUUGUAGCAGGAAAUGUCCCAACUACUCAGACUGCUGGACCAACUGGGGAAGAGUUAAGUUUUUUUGACGACAGUGGACUCCUCAGCAAACCUUCCUUGCCCUUGGCAAGGUGACUGGUGGGCACUUUGUCCCAAGGGCUGAUGACAAAGAGUUGGUGCUAGCCCAAGGAAACCCUCUCUGCUUUGAUUGCCAUUCAGUUGAUGAGCUCUUAGGAGUUACUUUCUGCAUUGAUUUUUUCCCUACUGCCGUUCACAUCUCUGGAUGUUCUUAACAGCUGGUGCAUCCUGAAUGUCCCUGCAGCCCCAGCAGGGAGAUGGCAUUGCCACAUGGUUUCCAGCAGCCUGUGCGAGCCCAGGGUGUGUUUUUCUUGGGAUGCCCUUGACUGCAGUUGUUGUCAAGUCCCAGCACUUGGUUCUGUGCCGGGCUAGUCUUGUCCCACUGUGGCCUCAUACAGAGCUGCUCCUCAGCUUCCCUGUACUGUGGUGCCAUAUUGAGGCCUCUGCUGUUCCCAGAGCAGUCCCAGACACCCUGGUUUGUCAGUGAUGCCCAUCCACAGUCCCACAGCAGCCUCUGGCUCUGUACUGGGAGAGUUCAGAGUUAAAAUGUUACAGUGGUGGUGGGUUCUGUUGUGCAGGAUCAGCAUUGUCACUCUGGUGUGCAAGGAGCUUGUCUGUGUAGUGUUCAGUCCAGUUUGGUUUGAGCCUCAGACUGUUCCUUUAGCCAUGCACAGCAGGACACUGAUCUAGAUGAAAAAUUAAGUAGGUGGACAUUUUUUUCUGAAGGCUGAAUCCUGCAGUUGGUGGGUGCUCUGCCUCCACAGGUGCCAUGGGGUGAUGGCCUGUUUCAGUACUUGGGAAGAAAAUGUUUUUUGUGACCAGUAAUUAUUACCAUUCUUUUCCCAUCUCAUGUUAAAUGAAUUUGAACCUGGUACUUAAAGAUGUUUUUAUCUUUCAGAUGUGACUUCUCAGUGGCAAAACACUGAUGUUUUAAUGUUGCCUCGAACAAUCCAUAAUGUGUAUCUCCUUUUUUCACUUGCUGAAACAUCUUUUUUCUCUCUAGCUAAGGAACGUGUAAUAUGCAGAAAUUUCUUUUAAGUUUCCCUUGCAAGUUGGGAGCUGGACCGUAAAAUUAGGGCAGUUGAGUGUAGAGGAGGUGAAUCAAAGUUCAUGUUUGCUUCUCAUGUUCCCCAGUCUCAAGUGAAAGAGGUGUUUCCUUGGAAUAGAUGCUUUCAGUGAUGAAGAUGUGCUUCCCCCUAAUAACAGUCAGCAUUGCCUGCCUGCUAGGGUACCACAUAGCUUUAAUUUUCUAGUAUGUGCCCCUCGAAUGUUGAGUGGGUCAGGGUUGCUGCCAGCAGAGGUGGCUGUGCUGCACCGUCCCUGUGUGUUGGGCUGAGGGUGCCUGGGAGGCUGCGAGAGAAUGAGACACUGCUUUGUACCUUCCUCUGGAAAAUAAUUUUAGCCAGCGCUGCACUUGCAGGCUUCUCCUGUGUAGUUGGUUUGUGACUGGACUUAACUGUGGCAGUGUAUAAAAGAUUUUGAUAUUCUGUGAAAUACCAUGUAGAAUUUAAAUUUGAUACUAUAAUAAUUGAGUCCCUGUGACACUGGUUUUUGUUUUAACUUCUUUGGGGUUGGCACUAAUAUCUUUUUUUUUUCAAGAUGCUGUGAGAAACAUUUCAUCCAAAUGCCAAAUAAAUUGUGUUCUGUAAGAGA